AUAGCUGCCAUUCCUUCCGUUCUGCUCAGAGCGAGGGGAAGACUUUUUGCAGAUGUGUUUCAGCAUGGGCAGUUGAAACAGCAGGGUACUGCUCAAUAGUGUAACUUUUACGGAAGAUUAAACUACUAAUUGAUUUAAUAUACAUAUGAGAAAUGGACGGCUGAUAUUUUAGUACGGAAGCUAAGACUGCGUCACAUAUGCGAUUUUGAAAUUUAAUUCAUUUGUUUUAGUUUGUUGAAAGACAAGGAAAAUGCCAGUAGCAACUCUAUUGCCUUUUACUGCUACCCCGAGUAGGAAGUCAGCCAGUCCGACCUCCUUCAGGCUGACAGAGAAAUUCAUUUUGCUAUUAGUUUUUAGCGCUUUUAUUACGCUUUGUUUUGGAGCUAUUUUCUUCCUACCGGAUUCGUCGAAGCUGCUCAGUGGAGUUUUCUUCCACUCGUCCGCAGUCGAAACUAACACUCGAACAGGUACGGAUAGUGUUUCAAACAUUGCAAUUGGGACCGACGAAAAGAUAUUAGCCAAGAUUAGAAAGGACCACGAAAAGGCUUUGGUUGAAGCCAAAGACACUCUCCAGAAACGACCGGACGAGAUAAAGCAAGAGAUACAGAACGACAAGGAGAAAGUUUCACAGGAAAAUCGUUGGAAAGGUGCGAGAAAUGAUAACAACUUACCGGUCAUUGAAUAUGUUCGGCCGCCCGGAGCAACUGGACACGAGCCCGCCGAUCCGGAAACCAAAGAGAGACGAGCAAAAAUUAAGGAGAUGAUGAAGUUUGCCUGGGACAGUUACAAGCGCUACGCCUGGGGAUCCAACGAGCUGAGGCCCGUCUCCAAGCAAGGCCACUCCAGCAAUCUGUUUGGAAGCAUAAAAGGUGCUACCAUUGUUGAUGCUCUAGACACACUAUACAUCAUGGAGAUGUAUGAGGACUUUGACAUGGCCACAGAGUGGGUGGAGAAGAAUCUGGACUUCAACGUGAAUGCUGAGGUCUCUGUCUUUGAAGUGAACAUCCGGUUUGUUGGUGGCCUGCUCUCCGCCUAUUACCUCUCUGGGAAAGAGGUGUUCAGGAAGAAGGCCAUAGAACUGGGGGAGAAGCUGUUGCCUGCAUUUAAAACCCCGACAGGCAUCCCGUGGGCCCUCCUAAACCUGAAGAGUGGCAUCGGGAGGAACUGGCCGUGGGCGUCUGGGGGCAGCAGCAUCCUGGCGGAGUACGGCACCCUGCACCUGGAGUUCAUGCACCUCUCCAAGCUGUCAGGGAAUCCAGCCUUUGCAGAGAAGGUCAUGAAUAUCCGGAAGGUUCUGAAUCGGUUGGAUAAGCCCCAGGGACUGUACCCCAACUACCUCAACCCUAACAGCGGACAGUGGGGACAACACCACGUGUCGGUGGGGGGGCUGGGAGACAGCUUCUAUGAGUACCUGCUCAAGGCCUGGCUGAUGUCUGACAAGACAGACGACGAGGGCAAGAAGCUGUACUACGAUGCUCUGAAGGCUAUUGAGACCAGUCUGAUAAGGAAGUCCAGCGGUGGCCUGACGUACAUUGCAGAGUGGAAAGGCGGGUUACUGGAGCACAAGAUGGGCCACCUGACUUGCUUUGCCGGGGGCAUGAUCGCCCUGGGGGCAGACGGAGCCCCGGAGGACCAGACUGGUCACCAGAUGGAGCAGGCGGCAGAGAUCGCCCGCACCUGUCACGAGUCCUACGCCCGUACCACCCUGAAGCUGGGUCCUGAGGCAUUCAGGUUUGACGGGGGUGUGGAAGCUAUCGCCACACGGCAGAAUGAAAAGUACUUCAUCCUGAGGCCAGAGGUCAUUGAGACCUACAUGUACAUGUGGAGGUUCACCCACGACCCCAAGUACAGAGACUGGGGCUGGGAGGCCGUGCAGGCUCUGGAGAAGUACUGUCGUGUGGAUGGAGGUUAUAGUGGCGUGAGAGAUGUCUAUGCUUCUAGCCCCAACCAUGACGACGUCCAGCAGAGCUUCUACCUGGCUGAGACACUCAAAUACCUAUAUCUGCUCUUCUCUGACGAUGACCAUCUUCCUUUUGACCACUGGGUGUUUAACACUGAGGCCCAUCCCCUCCCUGUCAUUAAGAAGAUUCCGGACACAGUCAAGCCCCACCAGCUGGAGUAGACGAGCCCCCCUGGACCACCACUUGACCUGACUCCUCCCACCAACCAACUCUUCUAACCCCUCCCUCUGUGAGCAAUGUGUGGGGCUGUCUCACUUACUCCUCCCCCAACAUAGGUGGAGCUCCCCCAGGCAGGCCACUCCCUGGCAGACUGAACUGUCUCCUGUUUUGGAGUCCAUGUUCAGACUAGAUUGAACCGGACAUGACCAGGCCAGGCUGCCGGCCUCUCCAGACCCAGACUGCCCCCUACUGGGGAUUGGGAAGAACCACCUUGUCCAGAGUGCUCGUCUUGUCUUCUUCUAGAGAUAGCGAUCCGCCUGCAUGCUGCCCUCCCGUCCCAGUGUUUUAGAGGCUGUAGGAUCUACCCUCCUCUGUGAGGAGAACAGGACACUCUACACUGGAAGAUUUACCACCACCAAAAAAAGCCAUACUGAUUUAAAGUCUGCUUAAUCAUUUUCUUUCUCCUUUGUUCAUUCCACAUGUUUGGGAAAUGUAUGGGUGUGACUGAAAACAGAUGUUAUGCCAAUUAAGAUUAUCAUUAUAUUUCUGUUGUUCUUACCGUAAACGGUUAUUGUAGUCGCACUUAAACAAUGGACCAUUUUGGUGGAUUUCCCUGACCCAGAGCUUGGUUCUUACCUGCUUGAUAGCUGAAAUCCAGUCAAAUCUUAACUAGUGCCUUUCAGUUUAAUAUGGUCUAUAUGAAAAAUAGUUCAGGCAAAUGGCAAGGUUUUGUUUUAUACCAAUAGGUACUGUAGUUGGCUUAAAGGUUGGCUUGUUGAGUGUUUAGUCAUCUCCUCUACCACAUUGCCAUCUAGUGUUGGACCCCCAGUACUACAAUAGUCCAGAGUAUCUAAAAGGUUGCAGCAUGUGAAUAAGUACAUUAAUGGGAAAUAUACCUGCACUAAGAACAACCUGUGAGUUAAUGGGGUGGGCAUGUUGAGAUUUCUCUGGGUCCCUUCAUCCUGAUUGAGUCUGUAGACUGUAGAUUUCCCCCCUCCUGCCAACAUGUCAUUAAUUCAUUCAGUGUACUCUGUUUGUCAAACAUUGCUUUAUUUACUAGCACCUUUCUUAGUGUAUUUUUUGAGGAAACUUUGCUUUGCUUUGGUUAUGUGUUGUGUUUAUUCCUUUAUUAGAUGUCGUAGCGACAGGAAUCCAUGUGAUGUAAAAUAGUGGCUUUGCUGACUUUAAUUUAUUCUGCAAUAGAUACUAAGGUUUGGGCUCAUGCCAAUAAGGGGUGCAGUGUUGUAGUUUUGCAGGGUUAUUUGGGAAAUUGGGUGAGACAAAGACAGAAUCAGACCAAGAACUUGGGUGUCAGUCAUAUGGAAAUGAAUGCAUCGUAUGAAUGUACCAUCAAAUGUGAAGUGAAAAUUUGUUUGCCUUUGUUGUUCUUUUUUUUUUUUCUUUUUUUAUAUGAUUCCUUUGUUGUUUCUCCUGGAAAGCACAAAAUGCUGAAGCGAUGUAUUGUGGUACCUAUCAGAGAUAGCUGUUACUCAGUUCUAAAGAAGAAGAGGAAGCACAAACAGGAACAGUGUUAGUUGUCUUAAAAUGCAAAGAGAAGAUACAAGGAAGGUUCUCUGUCCUCUGGAUUGGAUGACUCUUACAUAUGAACAUGUAAACAUGCUGAAUACUGUAUAAUUAGGAGAAAUGUAGAAGUGAUUAUAUACUGUACAGCAGCAGUUCCCAUCCUUUCAGUUCUGGGGACCACCUAGUCACUGUCAAACGCUCUUGUGGACCACCUUUGGAAGGUCGGAACCACUGCAGAGCGCAGUUUGGAACCACUGCAGAGCGCAGGUUGGAACCACUGCAGAGCGCAGGUUGGAACCACUGCAGACCGCAGGUUGGAGCCACUGCAGACCGCAGGUUGGAGCCACUGCAGACCGCAGGUUGGAGCCACUGCAGACCGCAGGUUGGAGCCACUGCAGACCGCAGGCUGGAGCCACUGCAGACCGCCGGUUGAAACCACUGCUGUACAGCGCAUAUCAUACAGGUGUACACACUACAUUACACACACUCAGGAACAUGGACAUUAAUGGACACUCAGACAUGAACAUUUGGAUGACAACAGGACCAAUCUAACUGCCUGCUGUAGUCUCGUAAGAAAGAUGGAGACGGAAGUGGGUUUCUUUGAAGCUGGUCAAUGUUCCAUAGUCCUGUUCUUUUGUGGUGGACGUCUUUCACAGAUAGGGGGUGCUGAUGUUCUUAGCUCUGGGCUCGUCAUUCAACUCAUUGGAAAAUGGAUGGUGUAGUAUGAAGAGGUCUUGAAGGAUGUCCUUUGUCAUAGUUUAGGUACUAUUCCUCUACUAUUAGAGGACAGACAAGACAGGAGUUUAAAAAGCCACACUGACAUCAGCCCACUACUGCUUUCUCUAGCAUUUUUGAGACAUUAUAAUAAUUCAUGUUUACCUUACUGGAGGAAGCAUUGUUAGUGUGAAGGGAAACUGAUUUCCAUGUAGUCUCCAUGUAGUCUAGAAACCAUACCACCUAGUUCAGUUCAGUGGCCAUUUCGGCUCCAGGGCAGAGCAUCACUAUACACUGUGACAUUGUAGAUAUGACAUUGCUGCAUUCAACAUCUCUGCAUGGUCUCAGAGCCAGGGACUAUUGCAGCUUUAGGGAGUAACAGAGGUUAAUUUUAGUGAUACUGAGAAAUUUAAAGUUGCUGUAAAAUGCUGAAACAGGAAACAGGAGCCAGUAUUUCCUUGCAUCUUUGUUUCAGUAGGCAGGCUGUAAGAUGUGCUGUUCAUUACCAAUUCACUUUGUAGUUGAAUAUUGUGUUGACGAUCUCUCGCAUUACAAUGCCUUUUAUUUGUGAAUCUCUUAAUGGUUUUGUGAAACAACCUCAGAAAUGUAAACUGUACGAUAUUGCUGAUAAUCAUUCCAUUGCACAUAGUUUAUUUUGGUUUAUAUGCAAUUAAAAUUUUGUGGGGAACUUUUCUGUUAAUUUUUUUCUUGUUGCUAUUAAAAUGUAAAUAUUCCAUUCUGGCAAAUAUGCCAUUCUACAUUUAUAUAAAUCUUAUGAGCUUAUGGAUUAAAUGAUAUUAAUGAGCGGCAAAAAAAUUUCAUAAACUAUAUUUGUUACACUUCUAUUGUGAAUAAAACAAUCUUUUAAUAUCAGG